GGUGGAGAGAUACAAGACUCACACAUACACAGAGACACUGCAGUGACAUAGCACAGGGAGACUCCCAGACACUGCAGGGGAACCACAGGAGCUGACAAUCUACACAGCAAGAUGCUCCAUGUGUUUAACCCGCUCCGUAAAUCCGGCAGCGAAACCUGCCUUUCCCCUGAUAACCCUCAAAAUUGGAAACGGGUAGCGAUCCGUAGAGCCCCUCCUACCGACAGCCCUGACCCCUCCUCCCAAAAAGGCCCCGCUUUACCCAUCCCGGAGGUACGGGUGGAACGCUCCUUCAGUGCCGGUAACUUGGUUUGUGACAGCGAUGAAGAGGAAGGGGCUGAUGGAAGAACUCUGGGGGUGCCCGGAUCCAUGUGGAGGACACGGAGUGAAUCACAUUUGGACUCGGGAGGCCGGGCAGAGCCCCUGGGUGAAAAGAACAAGUCUGGCAGCGGUUGGAGCUUACCGUCACCAAAGACCAUGAGGAAGAAGAGAAAGGCAGCAAAAGUUUCAGCGGCAAAACAUAAUCUUUUUGCGUUUUUUAUGGGAUCCUUUAAGUCGCUGGCCUCAAGUGUGGAGACUGAUAUCGGAUCCGUGUGUGAAACUGACAGAGCGUCAAGGAACAAGAAGAAGGAACAGAAGCACAAAAGAAGCCAUUUGUCUCUGUUCCGACUGUGGCCAUCUCAUUCAUCUCAUAUUACACGGCCCAGCGUAGAAGACGUCCAGAGCUGGGGGCAGUCCCUUGAGGUCCUGCUUGCUCAUCCAUAUGGACGAGCUCUCUUUCGGGUAUUCCUGCAGUCAGAGUUCAGCGAUGAGAAUCUGGAUUUCUGGUUGGCCUGCGAAGAGUACCGGGAUACGCACCCCCAUUUCAUCCUCAACAGCCGGGCGCGCAAAAUCUACCAGCACUACAUCGCAUAUCAAUCCCCAAAGGAGGUCAAUCUGGACUCUAGCACGAGGGAGCUAACCGAACACAACCUACUAGUCCCCACGCGUUCAACAUUUAACGAAGCUCAGCGCAGAAUUUACGGCCUGAUGGAACGAGAUUCCUACCCACGAUUCCUCCGCUCCGAUCUCUAUCAGAGUACGCUCCAUCCACCCAAUGGAGCCUGCUGAGUGAGGAAGUAAAGUAUGGGGAGCGCGAGGAGGAGCCAGCUGAGCACCUGGCUACAGGGACAGCCUUUUCAGCUUUUAAAUGGACCGUCUUUGAAAGGUUUUCUUGAAGGACUGCAUGACCUGUGUCAAGAUGGAGUCAGUCAUGCCAAAGCUUGCCAGGAGUGGCCAUGUUGAACAAUGAGUAUCUCUUGAAAUAUGCCCCCAUUUUGAUCCUGCGUGGACCAAAAUGCUUCUAUGCCAUAGCCUCCAUGGCUAAGCCAUUUUUGAACUGUAGAGCUUCUUUCCUUUACUUUUUUUGCCAUUUUGAAUCAGAAAGGAGUCAGCAUUGGCUGCUUUGAUUCAAGAUGGAGUCUGUCGUGUCAGCGCUUCGUUGUGGAUGGUGACCAGUGUUAACACUAAUGAUUUGUAUACAGAGAGAAGGUCUCCCACAGUGGUGGGGAAGGUUGCAAGGCUGGACCGCCCUUCGGAGAC